CGUGGAUGGCACUAAAUUGGGCACGUGUGUCCAUGCACAUGUUGACACUCGGAAAGUGAGGAGAGAGAGUGAGCCCAGAAAGGGAGCUGAUCUGUGGGGUACAGUAGACGGGAUCGUCGGAAAGGGUUUGCGUUGCUUGCACAGGUGCCCUGAAGUUGAGUCAUGCAGUCCACAGAAUCUAUUUCCUCUCAGCCAUCACAGGAUUCACUAAGCUCCAACAACAAUUUCAUGUUCAGUGAUGAUGAAACCGAUGGUUUCCUGUUGGAGGACAGGGACAAGCCCCAUGGAAUCCAUUUGACUCAGUCAGGUCUCUCUAACAGAAAUGUUCACAGUGUGAACAGGGAGCAGGAGCAUCCUGGAUCUCAGUGGGCAUGUGAUGGGUUCAUUGUGUCUAGUGACCCUGAGAGGUCACAGGACAACAGUCAUGCUAGGUCAACGUCUUCAUCCAUCUCAUCAUAUCUGUCUCUCUCCUCGUCAUCUUCAUCUGUAUUGGGAUGGAGUAACUCAGAGAGUGAGCAAGGGAAGAAUGGAGGAACUGAAGGUGACCUGCUGUUUGCUCGUAAGUGUUUAGAACUCCAGGGGUAUGUUCGGCCUCUGCUGGAGCUUCUAAAUGGACUGAAGAAAGGGCGAUUUGACAAAGGUCUGAGCAGUUUUCAGCAGAGUGUUGCAAUGGACAGAAUUCAGAGGAUUGUAGGAGUCCUGCAGAAACCACAUAUUGGAGAGAAGUACUUACCCACUUUGCUGCAGAUAGAGGUGAUGCUAAAGCUUUGGUUCCCUCAAGUGACCGCUCAAGUUUCUGUGACACCUAACCCUGCUGACCUUUCACCUCAAAACAUUUCCACCCAUGGCAGCAGCAAUAUCACUCCCCCACACAAGCACAAAGACCAAUUACAUAUUCCAGUCAAGAAGCGAAGAUUGAGCUGGUCAGACACAGAUUCACCCUCCUCUUCUCCUCUCAUGGUGUGUAAAAGCUCCAAACUAGAAUGUUGUGAAGAGCAACAUCAGUGGCCAUAUGUUGAUGGAGGGGAGGGCUCUUCAGAGACUCCUCCCCUUUUAUCAAACGAGAACAAAUCAGACAAGCAAUUUGGUGAAACCCUGGAGCACAAGGUUAUCCGGUGGUCAGGUUCAAGACUAACAUGGGUGCACAUUGCGCCCAUUUUCUCCCCACCUAAAUCUGGUCCCUCUCAUAAAGGCGGAAUGGCAAAAGAAAGAGGAAGCAGAAAUGUCCUCCUUCCAAUUUCCCCUCUCACCAGCAGGAGCAGUCCAGCCAUGCAGGACAGCUUUGUCUCUUCCACUACACCUUUUUCUGAGCCGACUAGAUACCAGUGCCAGUCUGUGAGUUUAGGGACAACAAGUCCAUUGCAGGAGUAUGCCCAAACUCCACCAAUCACAAUGAAGCCUUCAAACCUUGUACAGGAAAGCACUAUACAAACCUGAUGCAAAAAAGCACAACCAGCUGAAAGUCUUCUCAGUGUCAGAGAAGAAUUGAAGUAUAGGAUGUUGAAAGUUUUGAAGGUUGUAUAUUGCAAUGAUUGCAAAAGAAUUAUAUUAAAAAAAAAAAAACUUUGAGAACUCAACAUGUAAGAUUUGAAUUUUAUAUUGAUUGGGUUGAAAAUUUGGCUCUUUUGAAAUUGAAACGAUAGUACCUAAAUUUAAGGUGAAGUAGUCAGUCAAACAGAUAGCCCUGCCCCAAAAUCUUGACAUUGGUUGAGCCAGUGCUGUGUUGUGCUGGACGAGAUGCUUAAACGCGUCCAACAGAGACACAGUUUUUACAUGACAGUAAACAUCCAAAAAAUUACGCAUUUCACCUUUAAGGAAAUGUGAUAUCGCUUGUGGAUGUGCUGUGCCCUCAAAAGUGUGUUUAAAUCUGAGGGAAAUUCUAGUCAUUGACUAUGCUUUAAUCCUAAAACAAGUUUGAAUUAAGAGCAAUAAUUUUAAUGAAAAGUUAACACAAGCUCAAGUCAGUGGUAGGACUUGGCAUUUGAAAAUAUACCAUUAAGUUAGCAUAAAAUAAAAGGUUUAGUUUUUUUUAGCUACUG